GACAAAAGAAAAAAAAGAAGGAACCGAUCGAACUAGGAGAGUAGGAGAGAGACGGAAGAAGCAUACGGAUUUGCCGAUUUGGAAGAAGCCGAAGAAGAACCGAUUUGACGAUUCACGAAAGACGACGCCGCCGGACGCCGACCUCCAGCCUCCAUCAAACCCCAAACCCUGCGGUGAAGGAGAAUCCGAUUUUUAUUCAGAAAACUAAAAGAUAAAGGAAGAAGAAGAAGAUUCUCAGAUCGGAAAGUUGAAAAGCACGGCGAGGAGCGAUCCACGAAACAACCUUAGCAGCGAUUUCUCUCAUUUUAAGAUUCUCAGAUACUUUGGCUUGCAAAACAAGAAAUGGAAUUUUGCCCUACAUGUGCUAACUUAUUGCAAUUUGAGAUGCCGAAUAUGGACCGCCCUGGUGGAUUCGCCUGCCCUACUUGCCCGUAUAUAUGUGACAUUGGAGCCAGGGUCAAAAUCAAGAGAAAAAUGCAUCUAGUUCCAAAGAAGCUAGAUCCAAUUCUUUCAGUCGAUUCAAUGGAUACAGCCCCAACGACUAAAGAGAGAUGUUCGACUUGUGGAUACGACGAAGCAGCUUUUGUGGAGAUGCAAACAAGGUCCGCGGACGAGCCCGCGACCCGGUUUUAUAGAUGCAAAAGGUGCAGAUACACUUGGUGCGAGUACUGAGGAGGCUUAUUGGGAGGGAGCAGUUUUGUUUUCUUUGAUGAUGGAAUGCUGCUAUUUCUCUGUUGUGUUUUUCCUUUGGUCUUUUUCUUUGCCUUUUGGCAUUUAGAUACGGAGUAUUAUUUUCUCCAAUGUAUUUGUUUACUACAUACUCUUGUUGGGUAUCCCCCACCCACACCAUUCACUUGGAGUUAAAUGUGACAUUAGUUUGGACUUUGGAGGUGUGGUUUAAUGAGAUAGAAGGUUAGAAUAGGUCUAGUAAAAUACUACUCCCAUA